GAAUGAUUCCCCCGGGGCGGAGCUGGACCUCGCUGCGACCCAUCUGAGCCCGCGGCCGCACAGCCUAAGCGGGCGAGCCUGUCAGCACUGGCCCGGCAGCGGGGAAUAUGGCCACGGAUUCCUGGGCCCUAGCGGUGGACGAACAGGAAGCCGCGGCCGAGUCGUUGAGCAACUUGCAUCUUAAGGAGGAGAAAAUCAAACCAGAUGCCAAUGGUGCUGUUGUUAAAAUCUGUGCUAAUGCAGAGAAAACAGAUGAAGAAGAGAAAGAGGACAGAGCUGCUCAGUCUUUACUCAACAAGCUCAUCAGAAGCAAUCUUGUGGAUAACACCAACCAAGUAGAAGUCCUGCAGAGGGACCCAAACUCCCCUCUCUACUCAGUGAAGUCUUUUGAAGAGCUUCGCCUGAAACCACAGCUUCUCCAGGGAGUCUAUGCUAUGGGUUUCAACCGUCCAUCCAAAAUACAAGAGAAUGCAUUGCCUUUGAUGCUUGCUGAACCCCCACAGAACUUAAUUGCCCAAUCUCAAUCUGGUACUGGCAAAACAGCUGCCUUUGUGUUGGCCAUGCUCAGCCAAGUAGAGCCGGCAAACAGCUAUCCCCAGUGUCUCUGCCUUUCUCCAACCUAUGAGCUUGCUCUUCAAACAGGAAAAGUGAUUGAACAGAUGGGCAAGUUUUACCCUGAACUGAAGUUAGCUUAUGCUGUUCGAGGCAAUAAAUUGGACAGAGGUCAGAAGGUCAGUGAGCAGAUUGUCAUUGGCACCCCCGGGACCGUCCUGGACUGGUGCUCCAAGCUGAAGUUCAUUGACCCCAAGAAGAUCAAGGUGUUUGUUCUGGACGAGGCUGACGUGAUGAUAGCAACUCAGGGCCACCAAGACCAGAGCAUCCGCAUCCAGAGGAUGCUGCCCAGAAACUGCCAGAUGCUGCUCUUCUCUGCCACCUUUGAAGACUCAGUGUGGAAGUUUGCCCAGAAAGUGGUCCCAGACCCCAACAUCAUCAAACUUAAGCGUGAGGAGGAGACUUUGGACACCAUCAAACAGUAUUAUGUCCUUUGCAAUAGCAGAGAGGAGAAGUUCCAGGCCCUGUGCAACCUGUAUGGGGCCAUCACCAUCGCCCAAGCCAUGAUCUUCUGCCAUACCCGCAAAACAGCUAGCUGGCUGGCAGCAGAACUCUCCAAAGAGGGACACCAGGUGGCUCUGCUGAGUGGAGAAAUGAUGGUGGAACAGAGGGCAGCUGUGAUUGAGCGCUUCCGGGAAGGCAAAGAGAAGGUCCUGGUGACCACCAACGUGUGUGCCCGUGGUAUUGAUGUUGAACAAGUGUCUGUCGUCAUCAAUUUUGACCUUCCUGUGGACAAGGACGGGAACCCAGACAAUGAGACCUACCUGCAUCGCAUUGGACGCACUGGCCGCUUUGGCAAGAGGGGUCUGGCAGUAAACAUGGUUGACAGCAAGCACAACAUGAGCAUCCUCAACAGAAUCCAGGAGCAUUUUAAUAAGAAGAUAGAAAGAUUGGACACAGAUGAUUUGGAUGAGAUCGAGAAAAUAGCCAACUGAGAAGCUUCACCAGCGACUGGCGCCACCCUCAGCACUGUCCCUGCCUGGGAGCCUAGUGCUUUCAUGGCAAAGGCCUUGAUGGGCACCUCAAAGACCAAGGCCUGAGUAGAGACUACCUACCUCAUUCAGAAUUACGUUUGGGCAAAUGAUGGGGGAUGGUAGAAAAUUUGUUUACACAACUUUGGAAGAUUAGGCAUGAAUACACAGAAAUUUACCUUUUA